UAUCCACCACUCAACUUUUCAAAUUUUUGGUGGGGAAUCCGUUUUGAAUUUAUUUUAGUUUCUUCACAUUUAUAUGCAUAAGAAGAGUUAUAUGCAAUCUAGCACGUUGAAAAUCUACUAGGUACACCAUGUGAGCAUUUAAUGAAUAAAGUCAUAAUAGGCAGUUGUAACCUCAUCGGAAAUUAGCUCAUAGGAAGAAGAAUGGGAGUAUCUGGCCUCGUACCUGCUAGGUUUCUUACCCUCACAGCACAUCUGAUUCUUGUCAUUGUCAUUCUGUGGUCUAGGGAGGAGAAUGUGAAGUCGUGUCUUCCACUCACCUACACACAGGAUGAAUACACAUUUAAAGAUAAUCAGUUGAUAAUUGGUCUGUCUGUAGCAUUAGGACUGUUUGUAUUGGAGCUGGUUGGCUUCUUUGGAGGAUUCUCCACAUUUAUGCCCUCACAAGCCAUGAUCUCAACUGCAGCUCAUGCCAGUGGUGCCGUUGCGAUGUCCUUCUUCAUCUUUGAUCUGUGGGAAUGUGACACGUAUUGGUGGAUAUUUGGCUUCUGCUCAGCAUUCCCAGCCCUUACAGAGAUCAUCGUACUUCUAGGGGUGCUUGUCUUUCAUAAAGGACUCUGAUCUCAGGAACAGUUGAGUAAAUCAGCAAUAUUUAAUUGCAUGUGAUUCCAUCCAUAGUUAACACUGCAUGUAUAGUGUCAAGAUUAUACAUGUAUAGUGUCAAGACACUGCAUGUAUAGUGUCAAGACGAUGCAUGCAUAGUGUCAUGAAAUCCAUCCAUAUUUAUAAACAAUGUCCUUUAAAAGGGCUAAUAGCUUAAUUACUCUAAAUAUUUUUUUAGUUCAUAAUGAUUUGUAAUUUACACAAUCAAAAGACAUUAACUUUCUUUUUUUAGUAAUUGCAGCUUGAAAAAAUAUUCAUGGAGAAAGUGAAACAUCA